AUGAACGGCGAUCAGUUACGCAGCUUCACUUUUGAUAAUGGCUCGUCCAAACCCGCAAGCAUCAACGAAGGUGACCCGUUAGCAGCCCCAGGCUCCCCCGUCAACUCGGUUGAUUCAGACAAAGAUCUGAUCUUUGAACGAAUGGUUCAAGAUCCCCUGACUGAGAGUCCAGUAUUGCAGUGCCCUCGUUGUGGUAAUCACACUUCAAAGUGUCAUCAUAAUUCAAUUUUGAAGUUACCACAACAUUUUAAUACAGAAAACUUUAUCCCUGCUGCUUUGGAUUCUACCACUUCUUUGAUCAACUCCCAGGAGGAUAUGGACCUAGAUCUGAGCACUCCGCCAAGGAGACCUUCAGUGGUUAGUCUAUCGCAGGCCUUUCCAAAUUCAUAUGACGGCACAGGCCCUGCCUCAAGUGUCAACCUCAAUGCAGGGGGGCCUGUUAUGCGAACAUCACCCUCUUCGCCAGCCCUCUCCCGCAACCAAUCCUUCUGCUCUUACGCUGACAUGAUUAAGCGUGAAGAUCAAGAGGGGAACGUACACCGAAGACCUUCCAUCCAACAAACGUUGAGCGGUCGAAAGCUUCCUGCUUUGCUGCGUCGAUCAACGACGGCAUCAGUGGGGUCUGAUGAACAACUCAGUCUUGAUGGGACACUUUCUUUACGUCGCAAGGUCAUCCGGUCAUGA